AUGGCUAAGAAAGUAAGCGUUGUGGAAAUACGCCAACAUGGGACACAAGAGGAUCUCUGGAUCGUCGUCAAUGGAGAGGUAUACGACAUGACCGAGUUUGCGCCUGAACAUCCUGGUGGGGAAGAGAUCAUCUAUCAGCACGCUGGCCGAGAUGCCUCCAUGUCGUACAACGAGAUACAUUCCUCGUCGUUGAUCAAGAAAUCUUUACCUACAACCUGUCACAUAGGCACGUUGGAUACGACGACAAUCGAUGCGGCAUGGAAAGAUCAGGAGAAUGAUGAUGCAAAUUCCGAUGCUGACACUCCUGUCGAUAUCGUAUCCGAACACAAGUCCAAGCCCGAUCUGAGUGAAAUCAUCAACCUCCACGACUUCGAGCGAGCAGCGGAAAAAUUCCUCGCCACUAAACCUUGGGCAGUCAUUCACACUGGCUCCAACGACAACAUCACGCGCGAUGCAAAUAAUACAUUUCUCAAUCGAAUUUGGCUACGACCGGAGAUAAUGAGAAAAGUUGGGAAGAUAAAUACUCGUCAGACAUUAUUCGGAUGUGACCUCUCAGUCCCCAUCUACAUUUCGCCCACAGGAGGUUCGAAGCUCGGAGGCGCUGAAGGCGAGAUUACACUGGCGCGGGCAGCAGCAAAAGCAGGCAUAGUCCAAUGCUUCGCCACUCCGUCAUCAUAUCCACAUCUAGAGAUCUUGGAAGCUACGGAGAAGCACGCGUUCUUCCAGCUGUAUGUCAACAAAGACCGAUCAAAAUCCAAGGCCGCCAUUCGGGACGCUAUCGCCACCGGUAAGAUCAAGGCUCUCUUUGUAACGGUGGACGUUCCAGUGAUUUCGAAGCGGGAAGAGGAUGAGCGAGCGUCGUCAACUUCGGGUCCUGGACAGGCGAGAGACAAGAAAGGGGCAGGGUUUGCGCGACUUGCUUCCUCUUUCAUUGACCCAAACGUUUGUUGGGACGACAUCCAGUGGCUACGUAGCAUUCUCGGAAGCAUACCAAUCGUUGUAAAGGGUAUACAGCGAGCAUCGGAUGCACAGAUGGCUUUGGCUGUAGGCUGCGACGGUAUCGUCAUCAGUAAUCAUGGCGGACGGGCUGCUGAUGGUGUAGCCCCUGCUAUUCUAACACUUUUAGAAGUGAACAGGAUCUGUCCAGAAGUGUUUCAAAGUAUGAAAGUCCUUAUUGAUGGAGGGUUUAGACGGGGAUCCGACGUUGUCAAAGCCAUAUGUCUUGGCGCUUCAGCAGUCGGUUUUGGCCGCCCGCUUUUGUAUUCACUUGGCUAUGGCCAAGAAGGAGUUGAGCAUGCAAUCAACAUUAUCAAGGAUGAAAUAGAGACCGCAAUGAGGCUUUGCGGAAUUUCAGACUUGAUGCGGGACGCUCACCCUGGUUAUGUGAACACAAGAGACCUGGAUCAUCUCGUCCCUGGGCCACAAGACGAUCUUCCAAGUAGACGUCUUCUACCAGAGAGCAAAUUGUAG